AAGCAACAUUACGCUGCAUUUUAGCUCUUGAAUAACCAGGAUGUCUUUCCCUUUUCAGAGGGAUCAUGGGCCUUAAACACGAAAUUCUGUAGCUGCUAUAACCCUGCAAUUCCAAACAUACUGAUGUAUAUAGAAUGCAUGUAGUACUAGGCCAACAACCUCUGCAGUGAUCAAAAAAUGAAUGAAUGGGGGGAGUAUUUUGUAAAGGAGGAAGAUGAAGAUGACGAGGAGCAGGAAGAAGGAGAAAGAGAUGCUGGUGUGUUUCGUUUUGCGGGUCGUGACAGCCUAAUCUUCCUUAUUGAUGCCUCCAAGCCAAUGUUUGAGAGUACUGGUGAUGAACUGACCCCAUUUGACCUUACAUUGCAGUGCAUUCGCAGUGUCUAUGCCAGCAAGAUCAUUAGCAGUGACCAUGACCUGCUGUCUGUGGUUUUCUUUGGCACUCGAGAGAGCAAUAACUGUGAUCCAUUCAAACACCUCUGUGUCCUUCAUGAUCUGGAUACCCCAGGUGCUAAACGCAUCCUUGAUCUGGAUAAGUACAAAGAGGAAAAGGGAAGAGCAUUAUUCCGUGACACCAUAGGGUGUGGUGGAGACUUUUCUUUGGGAGAGGCUCUUUGGCUUUGCUCAAAUCUGUUCAGCAACGUAAAAGUCAAAAUGAGCCACAAGCGCAUAAUGUUGUUUACUAAUGAAGACAACCCUCAUGCAAAUGACCAAGCCAAAGCCAAGCAGGCAAGAGCCAAAGCAGAGGACCUUAGGGAAAUGGGGAUCUUUCUGGAUCUAAUGCAUCUGGAGAAACCUGAGGGGUUUGACAUCUCUUUGUUUUAUCGUGACAUUGUUAAUACUGCUGAGGAUCAGGAUCUCGGGGUGCAAUUUAAGGCUUCUGAAAAACUGGAUGAUCUGUUAAAGAAGGUGCGAGCCAAGGAAGCAAAGAAAAGGGCUCUGGCAAGACUGACUUUAAAGCUUGGGCCUGACGUUGGCCUUACUGUGGGCAUUUAUAACUUGGUGCAAAAAGCUGUAAAACCUCCCACAGUGAAGCUUUAUCGUGAAUCAAAUGAGCCAGUGAAGACUAAGACCAGGAUCUUCCAUAGUAACACAGGGAGCCUGCUGCUUCCAAGCGAUACCAAGAGGUCUCAGACAUACGGAAAUCGUCAGAUUGUCUUGGAAAAGGAUGAGACAGAGCAGCUAAAGAGAUUUGAUGAACCCAGCUUAGUGCUGAUCGGAUUCAAACCCAUUACAUUUUUAAAAAAACAUCAUUUCACGAGACCUGCCCAGUUUAUUUAUCCAGAAGAAUCUCUUAUAAAUGGAAGCACCACUCUGUUUCAUGCUUUGCUUCUAAGGUGCUUAGCUCAGCAGGUGAUGGCCAUCUGUAGGUACACACCUCGUAGAAACACACCCCCUCGCUUUGUGGCAUUGGUGCCCCAGGAUGAGGAAUUAGAUGAUCAAAAUAUACAGAGCAAACCUCCUGGCUUCAAUCUUGUUUUUCUUCCGUUUGCUGAUGACAUCCGGAAAAUUGACCCCCCGGAAAAGAUUACUGCAAAUGAAGAACAAGUGGAUAAGAUGAAGGAAAUUGUGCAUAAACUGCGCUUUAACUUCAGGAGUGAUAGUUUUGAAAACCCUGUACUUCAGCAGCACUUUCGGAAUUUGGAGGCUCUUGCAUUGGAUAUGCUAGAGCCUGAACCCAUUGAGGAUCUGACAUUGCCAAAGGUGGAAAUGAUUGAUCGUCGCUUAGGGACUCUAGUUGAAGAGUUUAAAGAGCUUGUUUAUCCACCUGGGUACAACCCAGAGGGCAAAGCUGUAAAGCGAAAACAAGCAGGUGACAGCGACAGUCGAGCAGAGAAGAAAGCCAAAGCAGACAUCUCCAUCUCAGAAGAUGAUCUUAGGUCCUAUGUAGAAAAAGGAACUCUGGGCAAACUGACAGUACCUGUGUUAAAGGAAGCAUGUCGUGGGUAUAAACUGAAAGGGAGCAAGAAGCAGGAGUUGGUCGAUUCCCUUGUAGAGUACUUCAAGAAGAACUAGACUGCAAGUCUGGUGCAUAAUUCAUAUAUUCUCUACUCUUAUCUUUCAAAUAGUGGAUUAGUGACAGUUAAAAAUCAAUUUACAUAAAUUCUCUCAUAUUUGUAGAUGUGAUAUAUUUUCAUGGAUCUUGUUUCCUAUAAAGCACUUGUAAUUAAACCUUUUUCCAAGAAUGUCAAAGCUUUUUGGAUUCCAUCAUAUCAAAGUUCAAACAUGUCUCUAAAUGUAUUCCCUCAAGUUUAUUUCCAUGCCCUUUCCUGUUCUACUGCUACUUCUAUAUCUUUUAAUACACUUUCACAUUUUUACUUCCUCCCACUUAAAUACGCUUACCUUUUAAAUGAACACAUCUGGUAACCCUUUUCCAAAAAAGCCAUGUUGAGUCUGAGAACUCUGAAUUAAAUUUGUUCUUGCUAUCUUGCUUCCACCAACUAUGCACCUAUAUUAAGGACAAAUUUAAUUACCCCUAAAGCAUGCCAUACAAAUGGUCUAACCAACAACCAUAAAUACUAACAGCACAAUAUGGGCAUUAUUCAAAACCAUAAGAACAAACACCCACUCACUAAAGCAAAACUGUCAGUGUGAGUAUUAACACUCCCAUUUCAAGCAGGCCUGUAUGAUAAAGUGGUGAAAAUCUGUAACAUCCCAAUAAAUACAAGUA